GCUAAGCAAAAGAAGCAAACUAGGCGGCUGAUCGUUGGUGACCCUUAAAAAAAGGCACACGCAACCACGCCGUUUGUGUGGAAAAGGGCCGCAGAGAAAACAUCCCUAUCACGCCAUUCGGAGUCACCUGGUGCAACGGACAGGCAAUAAAUCCAAGGCAAGCGAAAGAGUACUUCUCGCCAUGCAUUAUUAACUUAUGGAAUUUGCUGCCACAAGUUGCGCGGCAGACCAUUGGCCGAGAUCCCUUUCAACGGGGAUUAGACGGAGGAGACAGCGAUCUAUCAAGCUAGCAGGCAGGAUCGCUGAAUAGAACUUCCAGGUGCAGAGGCUGAGAAUAACUCGGGCAGGGAGCCUUCACCAAAAAGGGUCCGGGCUCCUGCCUUGACGCCCUCCUGCUUGUGGGCUCCCGGGAAGCAUCCGCUUGACCACCGUUGAAACAAGACGCUGCAGCAGAGAAACUCCCCGCCUGAUCCAGCAGGGCCUUUUAUCCUUUUAAGCGUCUGCAGCUGUAUCAGCAAUUUCAGCCUGGGCAACCUGCUCAGCGUCUCCCCAAGAGAAUGCCAGUGGCAUCUAUCUCCUUGUAGCGGAAGCCGAUCCAUUUGGAGGGGGCUGGGCUGGGUUUGCAAAUGUCUGUUUUUCCUUGCCCGCCUAUUCUUGUGUGGACGAUCGGGCACGAUGACGGAUAGCUGCGCUUACAUCCAAGGCGUAUUUGGAAAAUCGAAGUGUUUCUCUCCUUUUCUUAGUGAGAGAACGGGAGAGAAUACGACUGCAGCUCGCUGAUAGACUGAACAGCAUAUAUUACAAGCUUGCCCAAUGGCUUCUGGCAUAAACAAGAUCCAUCAGCUUGGGACUUGCGAUGGGUCUUCGAAAGCGAAUAAUCAAUGUAGGUCGUUGGCCGAAAGCGACCCGGACAUGCAUAUGAAAAUGUGUAAGAAGAUCGCCCAACUCACAAAGGUGAUAUAUGCCUUGAACGCUAAAAAUGAUGAAUAUGAGGCUAGCAUCCAAGCUCUCAAAGAGGCCCAUCAAGAAGAGAUUCAACACAUCCUUGCUGAAACAAGGAAAACUAUCCCUCAGUAUAAUAGCAAAGCAGAGGAGCUCCAGAAACGUGUCCAGGAUCUUGAAGAAGCUUUGGAAAAAUGCAGGAGGCUAAAAGAGGAGGCACCAUCAAAAUUCACCAAGUCCAAAAAACAGACAAAAGAGGGGGAGCCACAAAGAGAGGACAAACCGAUAGAUGAGAAGAUUGUCCUCCCCAAAGAGAUGGCACACAUGAAGCUCAGCUUUGAAGGUCAUUCUUCAAACAAUGAGUCUGACGGCCUUGUAAACAAACACUGGGUAUUUGUGGGAGACACACUGGAUUGCAAGGGGAAGCUAAGUGAAAUGUACAGCAUGGAAAUGGAGGCUGUAAUGAGUGAGGCAGCACACCUCAGGUGGGAAAACCAGAAACUAGCUGGUGAAUAUGCCGAGAAAAUCAGCCAGCUCCAGGCCUCCCACGAAAGAGAAAAAGAAAUCUGGAGAAAGGCUGUGCAACAGUCAUUGGCUGAUUCAGGCAGAGAAUGGCAGCAAAGGGAAAUGGAGCAAAAGAAAAAUUAUGAGACCCGAGAAGAUGCUUCACAGCAGCAGGUAAAGAAGCUGGAGGCUGACCUGGCAGCAAAAAGCCAGCAAAUCAGUGAAAUGAAAAAGCAUUCUCAGAAGCUGAAGGAGAAGAUGCAGGACCUGGAAACACAGCUCAAGGAGGCUCAGGAAGCAACUAUGGAGUCAAAAAGUAUUCAGGAAACACUGGAGGAGGAACUGAUUAUUACCAAAGGAGGGCAUCUGUUGCAAGAAGAUGAAAUACUGCAUAAAACAGAAGAAAUGGAAACAGCACUGAAUUCCCAAAGUAAAGCCAGGAGCAAAGUGGAUGAACUGAGGAAACAGAUCUUGCCAUUUCAGCAGACACUGCCCACCAAACAGAGUCAAGGCAAGCAAGAUGGUGGAGAUUCUCAGCCCAUGGAAACGGCAGGUUUGGAAAUAGAAGCCAUUAAGCAGCAGCACAACGAAGAGCCCUGCAAAAUCAAACACGAGUCAGAUGAGGAGAAAAUUCAUUUAAAAGAGCAUCUGGUGAAAGGGCUGGAAGACCUUGUAAAGAAACCCACUCUUGAAAUCAAAUCAAUCCAAGCCUCCAUGGACGUCAAAAGAAAAAAACUGCAGAAGGAUGUUCAGAUACAGUUAGAUGAAUUAAAAAAGAAAUAUGAAUAUGAGAUAAGACAUCUACAGAACGACAAGGAAGCAGUGCAAGGAAAGCUUCAGGACUGUUCUCUGGAGGUUUUAAGGCUAGAGAAUUUUAUCCGACAAAACCGGGACAUCCCCAAAUAUGCAGAAUUCCUUAAAUCUCACGCCAGAAAAACCCGUGAGAGGCAACAGGAGGAUGCAUUUGUACAACAGCAAGACAUUUCCAAACAGCUUAAAGAGAGAGCAAAAGGCAGAGUGCAGCUAACCACUCCUUUGGGUGCCAAAAAUGAAGAGAAAUCACGGUUGGACUCUGGAGGUGCAUCAAAAAGAGAAGACAGGCAGACCCUUCCGCAUUUUCAGAAGGAGAAAAGCAAAGAAAAACGAGCUUUGCAAGAGGAAUGGUACUACCAAAAGACAGAAUUGCAAGCUCAAGUCACACAGCUGAAGCAAAUGUUAGAGCAGCAAGCGAAUGCUUUCAGGGACACCCUCAAAGAACAGGAGCUGCAGUCCAGUAAAGCGAGAGAGAAGCUUUUGCAAGAUCUUCAGGACACCAUUAAGCAAAGCCAAGAUAUUAAAGCACAGCUGGAGGCAUCUCACCAGAGAGCCAUAAAUCUCCUGAAGAAAAGCAAAAAUCAAGAGCUCAAGGAGGCAGAGGAGUACUGGAAGCAGAAAUAUCACGACAGCUUCAAGGUCCAACAGCAGUCACACAGCCUGGAAAUACGGGCGUUGGAAGAGAAGGCAAGAGAAGAGUUAGAACGUGAACUUGAGAGGAUGCAGAAGCCGCAGUCACUGUUGAUAGACUCUCUGAGAAUGGAGCUGUCUGAGCAACAGAUAAACAAUAAAGAAAAGGACAAACUCCAAGAGGAACUGAAGAAUAUGAUGGCCGUAAAGAGGCAAGAGGAAGAAAAUCACCAGAAUCAAAUAAAGUUUCUCAGAGAUGAACUGGAAAAAUGUCAGAGUGAAAUGUCUGGCCUCAAAAAGGAGAAUUCCCUUCUUAAGGACACAAAGGAUCUGCUGAGUGUAAAUGUGGAGCUACAGAAGCAAACGUCUGGACAUCUUCAAGACAGGGAGAGUCAACUGAGAAGUUUAUUGAAAGAUGAGCUUAUAAUCAAACAUAAAAAGGAAAUGGAUGUCUUGAAACAAGAUCGGCAUAAGGAGUUUAAAGAUGUCAUGUCCGAUUUCAGUAGUUCACAAGCCCUUCUUUGUGCAAAGAUUGUCCCCGUGGAAAAUGAACUUCAAGAAUUAGAAGGGAAGGAGAGAAAAAGAGAGCCUAGGCUAGAAGACCUACAUCUUAUAGACUGCCUACGGGAUAAAUUAAAUGAAAAAGAAGAGAUGAUCAAGGAAUUAAUGGAUGGAAGAAAACUUCAGCAUUCACUUUUGCCCAGUGCAGAGCCUUGUCGCAACCGGUCAUUUUCUUUUAAUUCAAAACCUAUUACGUGUUUGACUACUACUGCAAAGCAGAAGAAGAAAAUGGAUGAAGCACCCAGCCGUAUUGUCAGUGUUCCGAAUUUAGCCUCCUACGCAAAAAGCUUUCUGAGCGGUGACUUGAGGCCGAAGAAAAAUCCACCUCAGAUUACAAAAUCUACAAGUUUAGAUCAGAAUCCCGACUGUGUCAGAGUAUGCUAUCCAUCAUUACAAGCCUUGGAGACCAAACAAGUCCUAAAGCUGCAAAGUAAUGAAACAUCAAAACCCAAAGAUGCUCAGAAACCAGACCCGCGCCAUCAGGAGUGGUUUACCAAAUACUUCUCUUUCUGAGAGAAAAUAUUUAUAUAAUAUUCUACGUUGUCGUUAUUGUUGAUAUUAAAUAUUUAUAUAGUACCCUUUACAUGGUGCUUUACAGAAUAAGAAAAAGCAAAUAUAAUACAAGUCCCUGCUGCAAAGAUUAUACAAUCUGAGGUUCAUUAGUGAGGGAAACACCACACACUCCAUUGCCCCAGUGGGAAAUUAAUAUAUUUAAAAAAAUUAUUAUUGAUAUAUUACCAGUAAUAAAUAUUCUUGGUAUUCAGCAAGUACUUUGCACUAACGAUUACCAAUAUUCAUGUCAGUAAUAUUUUAUUUCUGCGAACUUAAUAUAUUAAGAAAUAAAUAUUAAGAUAUAUUAACUUCUUAAUAUUUAUUUCUAAUUAGCUUCAGUCCCAUAGGAUUCCCAGAAUAGUUUACAAAAUAAUUAAAACCAAAAUCAGUAAAAUAUAUUUAAACAGAACAGCAAACUAACGUAGGGCAACAAGUUAAAUUAUUUUUUUCUCUUAAAAUUGCAAUUAAAAAUCAAUUAAAAAUUAUAUGUUUAUGUUUACUGAAUGCAUUAUGUAUUUAUAACCUUGCAAUGACGGCACACAUCACUUUCUAGUUUGAUGGGGGGGGGGUUAGCUCCAUAUUUACUAUAGCUUAAAAUGGCAGGGAUAUUCCAUCCCGAGGAAUGUUCUUCUGUCCCUUUACGAACUGAGGACAGGAAGUUCCACAGAUGCAGUGUUUCCUACUAGUGCCACAAUACAGGAAUACCUCGCAUUGACGUACUCAAUGGGACCAGAGCGAGUACGUAAACUGAAAAUGUCCUUAAAGUGAAGCACUACCUUUUAAAACUUUUUUUUACCUCUCCUUCAUGCGGAGCCUCAAAGCCCCACAGUGGCACAAUCGCGUCUAUUUCCACCCCCACACACCGUUAAGUGUCCGUAAGUGUGAAGCAAGCGUACGCAAACAGGGGCAUGGUGGAGUAUGGAGUAUGUCCGUAAAAGCGAGUGUACGUUAAGUGAUGGUCUGUAUAGCGGGGUAUUCCUGUAAUAGGAAAAACUUAAUGUUGCCAUGUGUCAUACCUCAAAGAGACAAAAGCCUUAUAUGCCUUUUAGAAUACAGUCAACCAACUAUAGUAGUUAUUAAUUCAUCUAAACAAAACCAGGCUCUUGGCAAUUAGGUACUAUUUUUCAGACAAUCCUGUCCACUCCUCAAUCUGGCAGAGGCCUAAAUAUUAAAUCAAUUUAAAAAGAAAUACUUAUUUUCACAGAACUGGGGCUUAAAUAUUGUUAUGUUUAACAAGAAGUGUUCCAUGAGACCACAUACUGAAGACGUUCCUCCCCCAACCCCAAUACCAUGUGAUGAGCUGUUUCUGAAAUACCUUUGUUUUGGAAACAGUUUGCCACACAUCCUGAGGUUGUUGAUUAAGAAACACAAGCAUCCCUCCCUCCCUCUCUCUCCCUCCUGAUGGCUAAAGCUAAAGGCCAAUCUAGCCCAGUACUCUGUUCUCAGGGGCCAACCAGGUGCCGAUGGAUUCACAGUCUAGUUUCACGGUUCUUUGGAAGCCCAUAUUUCACGGAGCAUUUGUGCACUGUAGCAAAAUAUUUGAAAACAACUUUUUCCUGGGCUAGGAAAUAGCAUUCUUCCUUUAUUUUUACUGGAAUAUCUAUCUAACAAAAUAACUGCAGAGCAUUUACAUUAAAGGCAUACCCCGCUUAACGUUGCUUCAUUUAAUGUCGCCUUGCUGUAACGUACAUGCUCCAUAGGCCACCAUACCCCGCUUAACGUACGCAUGCUUCCCAAUUACGGACACUUAAUGGCGUGAUGCUGCUGCCAUCUAGUGGCGAUUGCAGUGCAGUACAUGCAUAGAUAAUUGCUUCACUUUAAGUACAUUUUCACUUUACAUACACACUCUGGUCCCAUUGCGUAUGUUAAAGCGGAGUAUGCCUGUAUUUGGGAUUCUGUACUGCUUCAAAAGACAUAAUGGCCACAAUCCAGCACAGAUCUGAGCUCACUUAACCCCAUUGUUUUCAAUCAGCACACCCAACUGUUAGAUUGUCAUAUUUUAAACACAUAAAACAUAAAAGCCAAGUGUUAGGGUGUUCAACAGUUUUUAACAUGCAACAAAUUCAAGAGUAAAAUGCCUAUAAUUUCAAUCAUCAAUGUUACUAUACUAUGUAAGAUUAUCAAAUCUUUUUGGAACCAAAAUCUUUGGGAAAUGUCUAUACCAAAAUAGUGUACUCGAAAAAAGGCAAAGUAAUUUUCUGAAUAAAAUAACCCAAGGAUGCUUUGUAUAUAUAAAACUUACUGUCACAUGAUUAAAAUAAAAAUGGGCUUCACCAACAGCUCAUUUGAUGAUACUAUAAAACUAAAGGUAGGUAACCACUAAUUUGUUCAUGCAUGAUUUAUUACCAGUUUGUUGAUUCACACUUCAGACAGUAGUUCUUGAUUGCAGGUAGAUCCCUCAAAUUAAAGGAAUUCAGCUCAGCUACAUAUUUCUCAUGGGCAUUUUCUGUUCUUUAAUUACAUAACAAAAACUUUGAACAGCCAUGCUGAAGCUAUUUUGAAAAGAUAAUUAAAAGUAACAUGUUUCCAGGGACAAAAUAAAAGGACAUUGCUUGAGACACAAAAGAAAAAUAUGUAGGAAGCUGAGAUGUUAGGAAUUAUGAACUAAGAGACUGACGUUGCAAAACAAAUUUAGCGCCACUCUGAUGCUCCCCUUAGGCAGAAGGAAAAUAAAAAACAUAUGCUAUAGAGCUCUUUGUUCAAUGUCUUAUACAAUGAAAAGAGGUAGUACCGGUAAGCUCAUUGGGACCAUCAUUGAAACAAAAUAGCAGAGAUAGCAAAGGGCUAUUUUAGCACAUCAAAAGGCUCAUUGAAUUUGCUCUCUUUGCACGGCAUUCCCUUCCUGCCUAAGCACAAAUUCGAUUUAAAAAGGAAUUUACCAGGAAACAUGUUGGGCUACUAUGCAAAGGGCAAGAAUCCAACUAAUCACACAAGCUCUGAAGUGUGUGCCUGAAGUAGCUCUUUGAAUUUCAGCCAAUAUUUUGUUCCACACAUCAAUCACCAUCUCUUGAGCACAUGGAACUACGUGUGAGGGCUUUUUAAAAAUUCCACUUAUUCAGUACUACAGCAGGUAAGCCCAUGUAAUAUUUUAGAAGCACAGAUAGUUGUUGCUUCUUCACCAGAAAGCAUUUUAACAUCUGAGAGUUAAGUUUGCUUUCAGUCUGUACUAUGUGUAAUCUGUUGGGUCAGAUGAUUAAUAAAAAUAGAGAAAC